AUGACAAGGCUUACAACACAUCCCGUCUUGACCUUCUUCGCUAUUCUUUGGGCAGCCCUGUUGCUCUGGUACAUGGUUCCGUAUUUCACCUCGCCGAUUCGCGGCCGACGCGGUCCAUUUCUUGCCUCCUUGACAAACUACUGGCGUAUGUACCAUGCUGCAGGUGGAUCAAUGCAUCUCGUGAGCCAUGCCCUGCACCAGAAAUACGGUCCUGUGGUGCGGAUGGGCCCAAACUACCUCGAUCUCGACUAUCCCUCCUUGAUGAGUACGUGUCUUGAUAGUCAUGGCGUUUGGAAAAAGACAGAAUGGCACGGAAUAUCAGGCGUCAAGCUGGGUGACAAAAUCCUAUACAACAUCUUCAGCGAGUGCAACCCGGCCGAGCAUGCACGGAUCAAGAAGCCAGUUGCCAAAUAUUUUUCUUCUACAGGCGUCAGCGUCAUGGAGCCGCACGUCAACAGCGUGCUGUCGUUCUUCGUCAAGCGGCUUGAUGACCAGUUCACGGAACAUGCUGGGUUUGGAAAACCACUGAAAUUUGACGAAUGGGCAUCAUUCUACGCUUGGGACACCAUUGCGCAGAGCACAUGGAGCAGGCGAGCGGGGCACCUAGAGCAAGCGUUCGACUUUGACGGCAUGGUAGACACGUCUGCAAAAGUCAUGGACUAUCUCGUCACGGUCGGAAUGCAACCGAGUAUGGAUAAAGUCCUCGACAAAAACCCUAUCUUUCGCAUCGGCCCGCCGAGUUUUGUACCCGUGGCCAAUGCCGCCUUCAGCCACCUCACGAGGCGGCGCACGGGCGAGGACGAGCACGACUCAUCCGAGCCCGACUUCUUAGACUGCUACCUUGAUGCCAUGAAGAAGUAUCCGGAAGUAGUGGACGAGCCGCGUCUAAUGUCGUACAUUCUUGUCAAUGUGGCGGCCGGAGUGGACACGACUGCCACGACACUGCGCGCCAUCUUCUACCUCGCCCUCAAAGACAGGAGGGUAUGGGAGACGCUGGAAGCACAAAUUCUCGGCGCCAGCUUUACAGAGCUGCCCGUGUCUUAUUCCCAGGCGCGCGCCGUGCCGUACCUUGAGGCUGUGAUCCGCGAAUCCAUGCGUCUGUGGCCUGGAAGCUGCUUUGCGCAGGAGCGCUAUGUACCACCUGGGGGGCUCAUUCUUCCCGAUGGCACAUUCGUCUCCGAGGGUGUGGCGGUGGGUUUCAAUGCCUACGUGAUCCACAGGAAUAAAGACGUGUGGGGCGACGACGCUGAGGAGUUUCGGCCCGAACGCUGGUUACAGGGCGAAGAGGAGUCGACGGAGCGGUUUAAGCAGCGGCUGCGUUUAAUGAACAGCAGCGAUUUGUCAUUUGGGGCUGGAAGUCGCAAGUGCCUUGGUGUGAAUUUUGCUACUAUGGAGGUCUAUAAGACGGUGGCGACGUUGAUUGCGGUGUUUGAGUUUGAAUUGGCUGAUCCAGCCAGGGAAUGGAAGGUACAUAACAGCAUGUUCCCUAGACAGUCCGGUAUUGAUUUGAGAAUUAAGAGGAGAGAAGGGGUAACGGUACCAUUGGGAAUGGAUCUCGGCAAAGACUGUUAG